AUGUCUGUUCACAGCGCGGACGAUAAGGCCCAGGCCAAUCCGUGGUCGGCUAUGAUUCCCUACAGGCCUAUGACCCAGGCAGUCGAUGGGUACCACCAGGUCGCCAUCCCAUGGGCGAAAUCGUCUGGUUUCGUCCCAUCUCAUGAAGUCUGUGAACCUUCCACGCACCAGCAGGCCAUGGCGAAGCUAGUGACCGACAUGAAGGACAAGAUGACUCUGUCCGAGGGCAUGAGCGUGGCACCUGAGCCUAAGGGCACUUUGAAGUUCAUAGAAGCUUUGCUCGAUGCACACAAGAGGCAACUUGCUGCUAUGCUUGCGGCCAGAAAAGGUGAUCGCAGAUGCCGGGUCAAGAAGGCCACGAACGGCAACAACAGGGUCGCCAAAGCGAGCGAUUUCGAAUACACCGAGUUUGAACUCAUAAUGCCGGACACUGCUCCGUACAAGUUGGUUUUUGGACAAAAGCCACGUCAUGGAGAUCGUCGUCUUCCUCGCGACUGCCCUCGCCGUGUCCAGAAUGAUGAAAACAAAGUCCGAGUUCCGGCAAUUGAGAACACUUCGGAUGAGAUGGUGAUCGAGGGAAACAAUAGCAUGAAUGAGGGAAUGGGUUUGACCUUCCUCACCAAUUAA